AUGCAAGACAAUACAAACCCAUCCCCACCACCAGAAACAAUCCACUACCGCAACAUCCCCCCAUCCACCGGCGGCCCAUUUCCCCUCAGCUCCCCCAUCGGAACCCGCGACUGCCAAACCUGCGUAGGCCUCUUCAUCCCAAUCUCCGCCGAAAAAUGCUACGUCGCACACAUCAACGCAACCAUCCGUGUAGGCGGCUCAUAUACCUAUCUCCACAAAGUGCAAGACGACGAAGGCUCCCGUCUGGAGGAAAAGGUCCUAGCGCGUCUCAAGGUCAUCGCUAGUCAGGAGCGCUGGGACCCGCAGGAUGUAGACGCUAGUAAGGUCAUUGUGGUGUGUCCGAGGCCGGAUGCCCCGUUUGUGGGGUGGUAUGUGGUUAAUGGGAUUUCUGCUUUUUUCGGUGGGAGGGUGGGGCAUGAAGAUGUGGUGAGGGGGUGUCAUGGGUUUGUGGUUGAUCCGGAGAGGGGGAAGAGGUAUUUUCUGCCUAGCGAGGGGUUUACGCUGAGUGACUCUUUGGAAGAGCAGUGGGUGCAAGAGGUUGGUGAUAGGCCGUAUCGGUUCUUGGUCGAGGAGCUGAAGUCGGCGAGGGACGAGUGGGCGCCUGAGGUUACGAGGUGGUAA